GAGAGAGAGAGAGAGGGACCUGGGGUAGAGAGGUCAAAUUAAUCAGACUGCUCACAGUUGAAAUGAAACGGGCGUGUGAAACUGGGGAAAAGCGUGGCUUUCUGGUUCUACAUGGAUUGCACAAGCGGUGAAAUAUGGGUUUUACACGACUGAAGGUAUUCUCAGCAAAUAAAACGGUUAUUCACUACUCAUUUACACAUAGAAAUCAGUCCCGCUUUCAACGCUUAUUAUUGGUGUGUCUAGGAUUUUGUCCGGUACUUUGAUGGAUCCCUGGGGAAACAACUCUAACCAACAAGGAGAACGAGAACGAGAACGAGAGAAGAAGAGAGAGAGAAAGAGGUCCAUCGAUCUUCAUCUUCCAUGGAUGAAAGGAAAGGAGAUGCUAGAAUAUACGUCGUCUCGUUCCUCUUCUUUGCCUGCAUAGUUGCCGGGGGAGUCCUCCUCUGCCUCUACAUUUUUCUCCCACAAACAAACCCCGCAUCUUCGUAUCCAAUUGCAGGAAUGGUACUGGUUGGGAUCCCAUGGGCCUUCUGGUUUCUCGCUUAUUUAUACGGAUGCUGCAAGCCCCGCGCAGACCCACAACCCAACGAGCGCGAGAGCAGUCACGGACAAGCCCCGCCGGCCGCCCCCGCCAGCGAUCCAACAACCACGGCCAAUACAUCAAACGCAGAGUCCCCGGUAAAUUCUCCAGUUGGUGAACGCCACGUGCGUUUUGGGGCGGUCAUUGUGCGUGGAAACGAGGAUUGCGGCGGCCAAAGAGAAUUAGACCAUGCAAAGGAAGUUCACGGCCCAAGGGACGACGCAGACGCCGAUAAGCUUGCCGUUGGAUCUAGGGAAAGCGAAAUGCCAUUGACGUUGUCCGUGACGUCUUGAUAAAAUUCAGAUUUAGAAGCCUGCUGCAGAGAAGCGGCCAAACACCUACUUUUUGCUGUGGAGAGAGGGACAAAAGCAGAGGAAAAUCUUAUAGGAACAUAAUUUUAAUGGGGGAUGAUUUGGGACGCGUUCUGCUAUUACUCUUUCCUGCUUGGUGCAUGUAUUGGUAAGAAUAUGAUUCAUAUUCCCUAAGAAAGGCUUUCCAAAUCAUUAAAUUGAGAAAUUCUUGAUCAUUUGCUUAUUUCAAAUCUUUAAAUAAACUAUAACCACCCAACCAUUUUGUCAA